AUGUCGCUCAAUCCACAAGAAGAAGUUUACAAAGAAUAUCUAAACUAUGACUGGGCCGCCGAUACAGACUUCCAACAAGGAUUAACCGAGAUUUUGGACUCGUAUCUUACAAACAUCAAAGAACAAGAUCCCCUGCAAACGUCGAUACCCAACCUUGACAAGAUGCAACUUACAAACCAAGCCAAGCUGUUCUUUUUCUGUCAGAAAACUGGGCAUAUUUUGAAUAUAGAGGACUUUGAAGAAUGGAAGUUGCACAAUGGUGAUAAGUUUGACAAGAAUGCUAAAAUUGUCGAGUUGGAUGAGAGUGCAAGAGAGGAUGAUGAUGCUACAGCCAACGAUGAUCCCCCUUAUUCAUCCAAUUACCAAAACUUGGCUGAGUUGAUUAUGUCGGGGAAACCAGUACCGGGUAUAAAAGAAAUACCUCCGGUGGUUUUAACCGAUCAGGGAUCUGAGCCCUCAGCCGCACAGAGGAAGAAGCCGUGGGAGAUAAACCAAGAGAGUUCCAAUAGCUGA